ACCUGCGUCCCUAGACUACGCACUAACCUGGUCUUGGUCUUAUCAUCCAGCUUCUAUUAAUCUCGGACAAUUUUGUGCAUUUUAACCUGUAAGUUCUCCUUGCAGCUGUACGUUUCCGCUAAUUAUCUCUCCGGUGACAGUCUUCGAUUCCAGUUUUUUGUCAAGAUGUCGACCUAUGAACAGACCAAGGAGCAGGCUGGACAGAAGGCCCAGGAGACCAAGGGAUUUGGAGAGGAGAAGGCAGGACAGGCUCAGGGUGCCGCUAAGAGCGCUGCUGGAACCGCUCAAGAUAAGGCCAGUCAAGCUGUAGACUACGCAGGCUCCAAGGCCCAGGAUGCGAAAUCUGCCGCGAAGGACACUUCCCAGCAAGUAGGUGACAAAACCGCUGACGCCGCUGGGAGUGCUAAGGACAAGGCUGAUGAGGCUAAGGACGCUGCAGGCGCUAAGGCAAGCGAGACCGGUAGCUACUUAGGUGACAAGGUCAACCAGGCCAAGAGCGCAGCUGCCGACACCUCUGGCGCAACCCAGGACAAGGCUUCUGGUGCAGCUGGCACUGUCCAACAGAAAACAAGUGAAGCUACAAACUAUGCGAAAGACACUGCUGUGAGUGCCAAAGACACUGCCGUGGAUGCUGCCACAAAAGCCAAGGACACUGCUGGAAACGUUUUGCAGCAGACUGGCAACUAUGUGUCCGACGCCUUCAACCGUGCUAAGGAGACCGUUACACCCAAACAGUAGGGUUGAGUGGGAUUGUUAGAAUAUUAUUCUUGUGAAUAUGAUAGUGGCUAGAAUCACAUUUGAUUACUACAUCACUAUGUAAGACUUUGAUUGAUUUCUCGAAUCUAUCGAUUUUGUAAAACUGUACUGUGUUCACA